AUUGUUCUAGCUUAAUCAAAUUUUAUCUCUUAAUCACAUGAUCUCUUCUUUAUAUGUUUGCUUUUAUUAUUUGUUUUUAAUUCAGAUACAUAUUGCCCCUGAGAGUAUAAGUAUGUUUCUUCGUCUGUGUAGCUGAAAAUUUGAGCCUGAUGACGCUAUAGGAUAAAAUGUAUAAAACUUUAUAUUAACAUUUUGUAUUUGAAACAUUGAAGUACUUCCUUUCGAUUCAAGUUACGUUACUGAAUAUAACUGUAAUCCAAUGUGAAGGAGAAUUAUCGAUACAGAUAUUAAAUUUAUGUGGAAAGUGAAUAUAUUCCAGCUGGAAAUUCAUAAACAAAAAACACAAAUUAAAAUAACAAGAUGAAUAACAGUAACAACACAAUUGAAGAUAUUAAUAGAGAGUAUUUUAAUAUUUUGAAACCAGCGUUUAUUUUCGUCUCUAUUUUAUUGCCUAUUGGUCUAGUUGGCAAUUCUGUGGCCUUAUACAUUUAUGGUUUUCGUUUCCAGAAACUACCAGUUCAUAUUUUCCUAAUUUCUUUGGCUGUUUUUGAUAUGAUUGGCUGCAUUUUCGGAAUACCACUAGAGAUGGUCGCAUUGUGGUAUUCUAAGAUGUAUCCUAGCAACAUUCUUUGCAAACUGGAAAAAUUCUUUAUAUUCUACAGCAGCAUUACCUCAUCUAUAACCUUAUUUGUGAUAGCAGUGGAGAGAUAUAACAAAGUCUGCCGCCAUAACAGAAGACAGCUUUCGGUUCGACAAGCUAAAAUAAUGACUGUGACCAUUGGUUUCUUAUCUGUCGGAUUCGCCUUACCCGGCGCCUUAUUCUUCCAAAGAAUGAACGAUCCAUUUUCAGUCAAUUCAGUCGAACUGAUUUGCUUUUAUAAAUAUGGGUAUGAAAUGCUCCAAAAUUAUUUUCUUUUAUCUCUCGGAAUUGACUUACUUAUUUUAACAAUAAUGUUUAUUUUAUAUCAUCGCAUCUGGAAGGUGGCCAAGGAACAUUAUUUACCUACAAACUACGCGGUAAAUCUUAACCUUAAUAAUAUGAAUGCGCGCAAUCAAAACACAAGAACCUACGCAAAAAUCAGACAAACCAAUAAAAUUCUCGUAUGCAUUACAUUAUUGUUUGCUAUCAGCUUUAUCCCAGGUUUAAUACUCGGAAUUACUUACCCACUAAUUGAAGGUAAACACAUUCCAGUACUUGCGGAGUAUUUCAGACACGUGGUCAUUCGAAUGUGGAUCUUAAAUUGUACAAUGAACCCUAUAGUCUAUGGAUUAUUAAAUACUCGCUUCCGUCGGAUUGCCAAGAACAUAUUUUUCAGAAUUGUUUGCUGGAAAACCAAUGAAGCAGAGACGACUGCCUCCUCAGAUACUUCACGAUAAACGGAGAAAAUAUCCCUUUUCACUAGUAAACAGUGAGAAUUAGCUUCAUUUUCAUUUUAACUGUCUGUGUUUUAACAUACCAUUAUCAUAGUAUCAAACUUAUUGAAAACAAUUCAUGUCACAAUGAAUGCUGACAAGUGGCAAAACAUUUCGGAAUAACUAUACAUAACGUUUUAGUUUCGAAAAAAUUAUAUAAGUUUCUGUGUACAAAUACACAUGCUUAUACAUACAUACAUACAUACAUACAUACAUGCAUACAUACAUAUAUACAUACAUAUACACACAUACACAUGCAUACAUACAUACAUACAUACAUACAUACAUACACAUGUGUGUGUGCGUGUAUGUAUGUGUGUGUGUGUGUGUGUGUGUGUGUGUGUGUGUGUGUGUGUGUGUGUAGGCGCAAUGUCCCAGCGGUUAGGGCAGCGGACUCGCAGUCGUUCGUGGGAUCGCGGUUUCGAUUCCCAGACCGGGCAUUGUGAGUGUUUAUUGAGCGAAAACACCUAAAGCUUCACGAGGCUCCGGCAGGGGAUGGUGGUGAACCCUGCUGUACUCUUUCACCACAACUUUCUCUUACUUCCUGUUUCUGUUGUACCUGUAUUUUCAAAGGGCCAACCUUGUCACACUCUAUGUCACGCUGAAUCUCUCUGAGAACUAUGUUAAGAGUACACAUGUCUGUGGAGUGCUCAGCCACUUACACGUUAAUUUCAUGAGCAGUCUAUUCCAUCGAUCGGAUCAACUGGAACCCUCGUCAUCAUAACCGACGGAAUGCCACGAAUAUAUAUAUACUCACACACAUGCAAAGUGUAGAAACGUAUACAUGUGCUUAUAAAUGUACGACAUAUACAUUCAUAUACAUCAAUACAUCCAUAAGUGUGUGUGUAUGUGUGCAUAACUAUUUAUAUGUAAAAUAUAUUUAUGUAUACAUGUAUAUAUAUAUAUACAUACAUAUUUAUGUAUAUGCAUAAACAUCUAUAUAUCUGUGUGCAUGUGUGUGUAUAUAUAUAUGUAUAUAUAUCUAUAUAUAUUAUUUUAUUUAAAAGAGUUCCAACUCUGUCUGUUUUUUUAUGUUUUUUAUUUAUAUUCUUGUAAAAUUUAUGUGGGAUAUAGAAUAUGGAAUAUAUAAUAUAUAAAAAGAACUCUACCAGGAAAUAGAAGAGAGAUAUAACACCGAAUUUAGGAAGUGUAUAGAAAAAGCAUCGACAACAGAUUAAAAACCCAGAAGUCCGCCAAAUACCACUGAGUAACCAUCUGGCAACAUGUGGUCAUCAAACUGCCUUUAUAUAUUUAUAUAUUUAAUCCUUUAUAUUGAACACUCAAUAUUUCAUAUAUUCAAUAAGACAUAUUCCAUAUAUUCAAUAAGACAUUCAAUACUUCAUUUCAUUGUACCAUCCAUCUUUUUUUAUAUUAUAUAUUAUAUAUUCCAUAUUCUAUAUCCCACAUAAAUUUUACAAGAAUAUAAAUAAAAAAACAUAAAAAACAGACA